AUGGAUAUGGCAUCACUUUACUAUUUGAUUCAUUUAAGUGGUCAAAAGAAGCUGCUCAGCUGGCGGAGGAGACUUAAGAUGCUAUGUGACAUAUGCAGAGGGUUGAUGUGCAUUCAUCGCACCAAGAUAGUUCCUCGAGAUCUAAAAACUGCAAAUUGUCUUGUGAAUAAGCAUUGGACAGUAAAGAUAUGUGAUUUCGGUCUCUCAGGGCUAAUGACAGAUGCACCUGUCUUAACAUUGUUCACAGGGGUUCCCUUGGAGAAACAAGUAGUAGUUUGUUCUAAUUUGAUGGAUAUUUGUGAUUCGGAAGCUGGAAGCCUGGAAUUGAGCUUUUGGGGAUAUUAUAUGCUUUCAUGGCACACCGGAUUUUCUGCUAUGGCAAUAGCAGAAGUCUGUCCAAGAAUAAGAGAGCUUAGCCAUGAUCAUCAACUUCCGAGGCUUCAAGUAAAUGGGUUAUCCAUUAUAUUUCACAAGUUGCAGUAA